AUUUCAUAAGAAUAAGUUCUUGUCUUUUAAUGAUUUCAAUGCUUUUCUUUUAUUUGCUGUCGUGUAGUUUUGCAUAGCAAUAUCGAUUUAAUAUUCGAAAAAAAAACUGAAAACUUUAAAAGUAUUCACAAGAUGCAAGAACAAGAAUCUUCAACUACUUCGACCAACAAUCACAGCUGUUAUACUUUGAAAUUAUGUGAAAAACUCUUAACAUUCAGGGAGAAAGGACAAUUUUCCGAUAUUUGCAUCAUUUCAUCCGAUAAUGUAAAAUUCCAUUUACACAAAUGUGUCUUGUCAGCAGCAAGUAAUUUUUUCAUGAAUAUCUUUAGCAACAACAUAAACAAAUCACCAUAUACCGUAGUUAAAAUCCAUAAGGUGAACGAAAAAAUCCUAAAACGCAUACUAACUUUCUUUUACACUGAACAAAUCGAUCUUGAAAACGACACUGCGGAUAUUUUAAGAGCUGUAGCAGUUUUCGAAAUUCAAGCACUUAUCAUGGAUGGUUUUAACAAAUUACUGACUAAAAAGUUAUACACCAAAAAUAGUUUGGACUUCGUUAUGAUUGCUAAUGAAUACGGCCCGGAAGAACUCUCUAAGAAAGCCGCCAAGUUUGCAAGUUUGCAUUUUGACAAAAUCUCCAAAGAAAAGGGCUUUCUUCAACUCGAUGAAAAUCUUUUAAGUGCUAUUUUAUCACGUGCAAAUUUUUCUGUAAGAUCGGAAGAAAAUUUUUUUUUUAGUUUGGUCAAAUGGAUCGACCACGACAAACUGAAUCGAGAAAAAUAUGCUUUCGAAUUAUUCUCCAAAGUUCGUUAUUGGCUAUUGAGUUUGGAUUUUAUUAAGGAACACAAAUCCAAGAUGCCUAACGAAGUUGAAUGUGUGGAAUUGGUUUGCACUUGGCUUGAAUGGUAUUCAUCACCCUGUGGACUGAUGUGGAGCUACCUUCGCGCUUGUAUAGGGGCGUUUUUCCUCUUUUUAAAAAGCGUAUACAAAGUUUUUAAAAUUUGCCUAUUAAUUGUUGUCAUUUUCCUAUUUUUGAUGUCCAUUUUAAUACAAAUUUUCGUAGACAAAAAUAAAAUAAAAAAUAAAUAAAUAUACAUUUCA